AUGUUUGGGAAUAGAAAGAGAAGAACGAGUUCGAACCCGCCAAUUAAUUCCAAUGUCAGCGCAUCUGCCGCGACCGCCGCGGCUCAGGCAUUUCUAUCCUCUCGAGCAUCGAAUACUUCCUUGUCAUCCGCUGCAGCUGCCGCCGCAUUACGAUCUAGACCAACUACACCUACAUCAGUGGCAGAUAUUCAAACGAAGAGAACAAUUCGGAGAAACGGCUCAACCUCUUCUGCUGGAAGUUCUGUUGGUGGCUCCGUACGUGGUCCACCAGGAUCUGCCCUUGUGAGAAGAGGAAGUUCCGGUUCGAUGACUGAACGAACUUUUCGUGAUCCAUCACCAUCUAGAUCUUCACCAGUUCCUAGUGCGCAUGAUGCACCACCAGUACCUGCGAUUCCAAAGAAUAUAAACACAGCUGGUGGUAAAUCGUCACGGAGAUCUGCGAGUAUGGAUGCCACUGGAUUGAGAAUCGCAUCACCACCUCCAACCAAACCUGGUGGGCGUGGUUCGAGUCUAGGACCAUCGGCGACAUCAUCGCUAGGGAUGGGUCCAAGAAACCCAAGUGUAUCAAGUGUAUCUGGGAUAAAUGGGGAGAGUAGAGGGUCCGUCAAUUUUUCUUACCCUACGAAUACAAGGCCAAUGUCUCCUGAAGGACAAAGACGGCUAACAUGUCAUCAAAUCUCAAGUGUAAAUCCUAGAAUCGUUUCGCCAAAUAACCAAAAUUUAGUAUACGAUCCUAAUACAAGGCGUUUCUUACCCCUGGCAGAUAUUCUAGCCAUCGAGCAAAGACUUAAUGAAAUUGCUAAUGCACCAGUGAAGAAGAAGAAGAAAACACCGUCAGCGCAAGGUACACAUCUUGCGGCUGGAACGGUGGGUGGGAGGAUUAAAGGGACGGCAGUAGAUGCAAUGGAAAAGGCAUCGAAUACAUCAAGUACACCAACUACGCCAACUGUACAGCAACCAAUAUCACAACCUACUCAACAAUCAAUAUCACAUCCUACUCAACAAUCAAUAUCACAUCCUACUCAACAAUCAAUGUCACAACCUACUCAGCAAUCAGUAUCACAACCUACUCAACAAUCGAGACAGCUUAUAUCAAAAACUACCAUUAUACCGAAAUCCUCACAAGCACAAGUCGAAAGUUCUUGGAAAAAUUCUGAGGCCAGACCUGUUUCGGAAUCAUAUACCCAACAAGCAUCUCCGGUGACAGCUCCACCAAAGAAGAAAAAGAAGAGGGUCAUUAUCAAUGAUUCUGAUAGUGACCAAGCAUCAAUUCUACCAUAUUCAUCCGCUGAUGAGAGUGAUGCGCCAUCUCAAACAUAUGAUUAUAAAACUCGAGCAGGUGCGUCAUUAGUGAAGAAGCCAUCCGUCGUUCGUGAAGAUAGAGAAAGGGAGGAAGAAGAGGAUGAUUCUCCGUUGCGUCAUGGACAAGGAGGCCUUUCAGCUAGUUGGAAUGAACCUCCACGAACUAUUUCUCCAUCCCCGUUACCUCGGUCGGCUGCUGGUAGGGGUCAUGGUCGAGCACAAGCACCGGCAAAUGUUUCCGAAGAACUUCAACAUACCAGAUCUGCAAGUCAACCUCCAACGACUUCUAUACCUACCCCUAUAAUAAAUGGAGAUUCUCCUCGUAGCGGCCGCGUGCAAUCUGUGAGUCCAGCGAGAACUCCACAUUUUAUGGCAACUCCCGAAACCUUGAUGGUUAGACAUCAGCCACCUGCACGAUCUGUGUCUCCUCGAAAAUCUGCUUUAAAACAUUCUUCUGUGUCCUCGAUGGAACCAAGAGGGCCAUCACCUUCCGAUGGAGCUUCCCUUCGACCUAGUGAAGCGUCUAAUGAUGAGGACCAACCAAGAAAGAAAGGAAACAGAGUAAGCUUUGAUGAUGGUGGUAACAUGGUUUUAGGUCAAUCGACAAUAAUUGCUUCUGAUUCGCCUGUUACUGCUAGCCCACAAACUAAGCGUGGUUGGUUUAAUAUUGGUCGUGGGAAAAAGAAGGACAUAACCGCUACGGAUGAUGACGAUGAUGAUGAAGUAAUGAAACCAAGGCCGGCUCUCCCAUCAUUUGGAAGCGUGAGGGAAAGAAAAAAUCCUCGAGAGACAGAGGAAAGACCUUUAGUCAGACCACCAAAGCCAGCGGACACUAUUGCACCGGUCAAAGCUCCUGCAUCACCACGGUUCGCAUCUCAAGUGGGAGACGUGUCAGAAUUUCCCAUGGGACAAUCGAAUGAUCAUGUAGCAGGUGCAAUAAUCGCUCAAGAUGCUACUUCAAAGAAUGCAGCGAAUAUCUCGAAAUCUCGUGAGCCUUUACCUCCUGACUCAACAUCUGUGGAAGGAACUGGGCAGCUUUCAGAUGCUAGCAGCACUUAUAGCAUGGAUACAAACACCAUUGGCAUUGCUAGAAGUAACAGUGUCAAAGUUGGACCAGAAGAUGGAAAUGUUAACACAUACCGAGACUUGGCAAGUCCAACGAAAGACCAAUUUGAUGAUCACGACAUGUAUGAAAAUAUUCCGGAAAUUUCUGUUCAAAUUCCUAGUCCAAACCCUGAAGUUACGAAAUCCGGAGAAUGGUUGAAUAUACCUGGUGGUUUUCCGACUUCAGGCGGCUCAAGUUCAACUUCUGAGGAUCGGAUUAAAGAUGAGGGUUUUCGCGGUGCUGAUGAGAAUGGUCUGGCUGGCUCGGCUACGAUGUCGGAAUCAAAGACUGAUGACCCUAAUACUUCGGAGUUCGAUUAUAAUACACGACAAAGCUCAACAGUUCAUCCCGCACCAAUUUUUGAAGAGUCGGAAGAUGGUUCUGAGAAUGAAAGCAUUUAUAGUGAUGCUGCCGAAGAAUUUGACGAAACAAAUGACGGUGGUUUUAUGUCCUUAGAUGCUGUGGUAGAAAGUCCUGUAAUGAAACCAGCCGUCCUAGCAUCUGACGCUUCUAUACCGGAUAGUCCAACGGCAGGAUUGUCGAAAGAAAGAGCGCAUAUGUCAAGUCAAUUACAAAGGAAAAGUAGUGAACCCGAUCCAGAAGAAGGAUGGGGAAAAGCUCAGCAAUACUGGACGAACCUGUCAGUGGACAGAAAAAAGCAAUUGGAAUUAGAGGCACAAAAAGAUGCAGACGCCGAAGGAGAAACUGAACAGGAAAAGCCAGCUCCAAAGUCAAAGAAGGCAAAGAAGAAGUCGGUAACGAUAGAAUCGCCUAUUUCUCCUAUUAUGCAAACGAUGCAAGCAUCUUCAUUUCCAAUCGUUCAAAAGCAAGGCAAUAACGAAAGGAGUUAUAUGGUUCAGCCAGGGUCAAAGGCAGGCCCGAAUGGCCACGUUCAAACGACUAUGCGAUCAUCUUUGCGCUCGGAACCUCCUCACGCAGAAUCGGAUGUUCAAAUGAGAAAAUCGAUGAGAGGAUCUGGUUCAACGAAAGGAACGACACAAAAUGGAACACUUCAGAAGAAGCAAAGGCCUGUAUCCCUUCCUGUUGGUGAAAUUCGAGCAGGUUCUCAAGCUAAUAACCAACAUCAACGGCUUAUUCAAGGUGCUGCUGCUACUGCUGGUUCACCUGUUUCUCAAAGGCAUAUCACAACGGUGGCACCAACUCCUCUUCGACGUAAAUCAUCAGGUGAUAGUGAUACUAGUUUCAAACGUGCUAGACCCGCAACAGAAGGAAUUAGUAUGAGGCGAUCCAUGCGUCGUGGCAGUGAAACAUCAAAUAAUGGUCGUCAACAAUCUCCUUUAAGUUCAAGUCGAUUUAGUCUUCGAUCAGCAUCACCUGGUGGACCUCCCUCAGUUACCAUGCGUGGUACGAUGCGAAAUUCCUUAAGAAAUUCCAAUGAGUCUACUUCUCGGGCAAAAUCUCCUAUUCAAAUUCCCGGUUUCGGCAGAAGUUUAUCAGCUAAACCAGCACAAAAGUCAAAGUCAAGCAGAUUCGCUGAUUCCAGUGAUGAAGAUGAACCUCGUCCUGGUUUUAGAAGUCGUUUUGUUGAUUCGAGUGAUGAUGAUGAACCAACACCUAUAAUGGCUAGACCUAUAUCAUCAAGGGGUACACCUCUUCGAAGUAUACCUCGACCUGCAGGUUAUGAGGAUGGGGAUUCCUCGGAUCUUCCGGAUAGUGAUGAUGAGAGUAGGCCGCCGACAGCCAAGAGUGUUAAAAAGUCUCAACAAAAUGGAACUAGACCAUCAUCUCGGAAUAAAGCUCUCGCAUCUGGGGAUUUACAACGUUCUGGUUCUGGUCGCGAAAUGCUUAAAGUUGUUAAUGGUCAAGGUACAAUUGCGACUUCUCCUGUGGGACCAACUAAUGCUAGACGUGGAGGUAUAUUAUCUAUUUUUCGCAAAAAGCCAGAUUCUAAUAAUAAGGUGAGGAAAUACAAUGGAGAAAGCCCUGCGAGAAGAGAUACACCACUUGAACGUAGCAGAUCGGAUCUUGAAGCCAUUAAACGGCAAGACUCAUUAGGUAAUCCAUUAUCACCUAAAUUAUUAAAGAAGAAUCCAAAACAAAAUAGUGAUUCGUGGCCUCUUCCUGAUGAAAAGGAUGAUCUAGGGCUCAAAGCACCAUUUGAAGAAGGAAGACCUUAUUCUGCAGAUACAGGAGGGGGGAUUGUCGGCGGAGAGAAUAAAGAGGUUAUUUUGGAUGCGACGAGACCUGAUGUAGGUAAUCGCAGAUUCACAGCUACGGGUUUGAGUGAUGUGGAUAUAAUGGCUCAUGGUGGUGCACAGAGAAAGAAGAAAAAGUUUCAUGCUUUGAGGAAAAUGUUUAGGUUGGAUGAUUGA